AUGGCAGCGUACCUGCGGCAGCGGGGCUUCCAUGCAGAGAUCCUGCCCAUGCGUUUCCUGGACUGGGUAGGCCCCCUCCGCGCCCAGGGAUUCUCCUUCUACCUGGACCGCCUGGCCACCCAGGUGCAUGCUAUGCAUGCUGUGCAUGGCAGAGUUGCCUUGGUGGGCCACUCCGCGGGCGGCUGGAUCGCGCGGAUUGCCCUGGGCAGUGUGCCCUACCAGAAACAUGAGUAUGGGCUGUCGCCCAAAGUUCACACUUUACUCACCCUCGGCACGCCGCAUGCCAGCAUUGAGCAGUACCCAUUCUACAAACCUGUGGAAACCCUGGACCCAGGCCCCAGCGCCCCCCUGGAUCCUAGGGACCUCACGAGCAGCCUGAGGUGGACCAACUACUACUACCCCACCGGCGACUGCUUUGGGGGCACGCGGAUCGUCUGCGUAGGAGGACGUGUCUCGCUCGGCCCAGGGGACGGCAGGCUGCGGCGGUACCUCGUCUUCGAGAGCUACAUGGCAGGGUGUGGGGAUGGGGCGGUGGAAGGGGACGGCGUCACGCCCCUCUGCAUCGCCAUGCUGCCCGGGUCCGAGCAUGUGGUGCUGGAGGGGGUGUGGCACAUGCCGCAGAGGAAGGGCGGGGGGCGCUGGUACGGGGACCCAGAGGUGCUGCGCCAGCUGGAGGUGUGGCUGCAGCCCCCGGAAUGA